AUGUUCAGCUAUCCUCUGCAGGAGCAGAUUUGUACCGAUCUCACCCAUGAACUCACAGCAUCUGAUCUUUUCUUGGUCAAUCCUUUGACGGUACUUGCGAAGUCUCGCGUGGCAAUCUUGGAGGAGCACUCGGAUCAUCCUUCUGCCAUGUUGAAAUACUGCUCGUCUAGCCAAAUCUGUGUUAACCGGAGGUUUGUAUGAAACACAUUUCGGCAACACAUUAUUGUCGAGACACCUGUGCAGAAACCGGAUCUGCGAAUACGUGGAGGCCUCCCGAAGAGCGAAGGUUUCCCAUCGUCGGGCCGAUCGGAGCGCAUUGCGCCCAAAUACAUUGCCAACAGAAGCGAAGAGACGAGUCCCAGGAAGCAGUCUUGAAGAAGAAGACACGAUCGCCGGGACAAGAGCUUUAUUACCCUGACGUUUCGGAUUCCUGCUCGAAUCCAUCAUCAGAGACAUAAGCGGAUAAGGGUGGUUAUCUGCUUAUGUCUCUGAUGAUGGAUUCGAGCAGGAAUCCGAAACGUCAGGCUAAUAAAGCUCUUGUCCCGGCGAUCGUGUCUUCUUCUUCAAAAAAGGCGUUGAAUUAUUUAGUGGCAGAGAUAACUUCACCUGGGCGUGGUCUGGCCCGAGUUUUUACUGACUGCCGAGUGCGAAUAAGUCAGGAGUAGUCUUGUAGUGGCCCCAUUGUCGGUGUCUAUUGCGAGGAUGCCUCCUUGUCUGGCGUAUGCUUGCAUGUACGUAACAGCUUCAGUAGUUCGUCGGGCAUUCUAAGCCUCUGUGUGAUGCUUCAACCGCGUCUAGUCAAACGAAGAGGCUCUGUGUGUUGUUGGACCAAUCACGGCUAUUUGGACCGGUCAAUCAACUUCAGGGUUGGCAGGGACACACUCUCGCUAGAAACAUUCAUUACACUAUGUUCAAGUGCGUUCAGCUUUUGGGUUAGGGGACCUAUAUGUUCUGUUGUGGUUUGGGGCUCGAUCUAGAGUUCCCCACGCAGUCCCAAAACGACCAGUAAUAAAGGCAGAAUUCAAUGGAAACGAAGAGACGAGUCCCAGGAAGUAAUCUUGAAGAAGGAGACACGAUCGCUGGGACAAGAGCUUUAUUAGCCUGACGUUUCGGAUUCCUGCCCGAACCCAUCAUCAGAGACAAAAGCAGAUACGGGUGGUUCAUGCACAAGAGGCUGCAGUAUUUAUAGGAUGCAGUCGCCAUGCUAGCGCACACCUCUUAACGUUCACGGCUCCUCCCUUUCUCAUGGACCGUUGCACUUGGUGUGCUGACUGUUUGAUGGCCGACAUUCGCGUCGUCAAUUACUGCAAUUUCAUCACGUGCGUUGGAUGUUGGUGUGGUGAUUGCUCAACCGUCUGAUCCACCGACCCUGGCGCUGGAGAAAAAAGUGUUCACCUGUGCGCUCCCCGCGUGGCAAAUUACUCCGCCUAGGCGAAGUCUCAGCACCGAGUAUGGGACGAUCAUUACACUUGUUGACGAACUGGGGGCCAGUAAACCAUGAGUCAAGUAGCUCCCGACUCACGCGGCUGCCACCUCUUGCGAGAAUUUCGGCCUCGUCGAAUUUGAAUGUGUGGCUGGAUCUCGUCGAAUGAGCCGCAACUUGAGAGUUGGCGUCAUUUCUCUGCACCGCUGCAGCGUGUUCGGCCGUUCUCGUUCAGGGCUGUCUUCCGGUUUCUCCGACGUAUUUGCUUUGUCCGCAACUGCACCAGAUCCAAUAAACGACACCAGAAUUCAAUUACCGACACAGACAAUGAAGACUAGGAUGUCCUUUUCCAACAUAGUUAACAUCCCCAAUAACAACCGACAGGUCAACGAACCCAUUGCCCAAAAGUUAGAGCAUUGGACUUAUCACAGCAGCCUAUGCUGUGAGUGAGAGCCUGGCUACCACGAACUCCAGGUCCGGUCCUAAAUGGAAAGAGAAGGUGGACGCCAGUGGACAGGAUGAUGUAUUUUGUACAGAAUAACGGAAGAAGGAAUUGGAGAGAGUUGGCAACCGGAGGCGGACAUGUCCGGCACCAAGUGAGCGGCGUCCGUCAGGAAAUGCAUCAAUGCGUCUUAAGCCAGGGCACGUUUGACUCGGCCUUGAAUCUGAUUGGUCAGUUGGGAGGCCGAGUGGACGAAAUUCAGACAGCCCUGGUGUGAAGGCGCAGACAGUCGCGAGAGGCGACAGGCACGCGGAGUAGGACCACUACAGACUUACUAACACUUGGUAAUCAAAGGAGCACGGGUCCGAGCCUCAGCUGCCCCCAAACCCGGGGGGUCGGGCAUGGCUGGCUGACGACGGCCAGUAAGCCAGAAACGACCACCCUAGCCUCGCUUGCCCUUAUCGGUAAUUUUAUUCUACUCAAUACAUUCACUCAGAGCACUCAAAACAUCCGACCAAUCAGCUGCAAGCCUGGCACGGUUAUGUCCACCCUCAAAACGCACUGAUCGUCAGUACUGGUAUUACUGAUGCGUUCAUCCUCGUUCUUUGGACUCUCAUCAGGCAACAGCUCACUCUGAGUCCUACUGAGCACGAUCCUGGCCUUCACGUGAGUGACAUUGCGGUAACACCCGAGACGAGACCUUUACUGUCUGCCAGGUGAAACCUGAUUGGUCCCUGUGGGAUUAGCAGGUGUUUGGCGCGCGUGGUAAGAUUGGGACAAAAUAUUUAUUUAUCUAACGCGCCUAGGCUCACCUUCAGUAACUUGGACUUUGUUCCAGCACCGCAGUAUGCGGUGACGGAGGGGGAAGAGUGCGAGAGAUAGAGGGGGGGGAAAGAGCGAGAGGAGAUGAGAGGGAGACUUCGAGGCCGUGGACGUCUUCCCUAUAAUCCCGCAGACUGCGGUUAUCCCCGACGGCCACAACGAAGGAACAACCACGUGAAGGCUAUCCCGUUCUGUGACUUCUUAACUCAUGUGUGGGUUGCACGAGAUACCCAAUUUUUGGAACUUCCGCUUUUUAAUUUCCCCAGAAGCUAGUCGCCAACUUGGUGUGAAUCAGUCUACUUAAGACCUCUAGACCCGGACAGAAAUCUGAUAUGAAUAUUUCGGCCGAAGUCCAUUAACCACAACGGGAUAGCCGCGUAACUUUCAUAAACUGCUAACAGUCGGUCAGUAGUAUGUGCUUAAGUAGCACGAUAUAACAUACUUGACAGGACAGGUGCUAGCUAAAAGCCCAGACACGUGUUUCACCGACAUCAUGCCGCUGCACGACACAGCUGCGAGGGGUUCGGUCCACCAGUGGGUUCUCCAGAGUUCUCCGUGUGAUUUUCCGGCAAGUACUUCAGUUUUUAGAUUUCGGCCUUUAAUUUGGACUUUGGUCCAUAUAUUCAUGUAAAGUUCUGGUCUAAUCCUAUCAGUCUCGGACAGACUAGUUUACUCCAGGUUGGCGAUUACUUUCUGAGGAAACCCAAAGGCUGUAACUAAUUAAUUCCCUUGUCUGAUUUUCCAAAUUGCUCAUCUGAACAGGAUUUCGGCAAAAUGUGCAUGCUAGCUCAUCCCAGCUGAGUUUGCCAAACCGCGACUGCCUGUGUUCCGCGUUCAAGUCCCGGUAGCUACUCAAUUCGAUCCUCCCCACUGGAUUGCCUGAGUUUAAAUGCCUGUGUUCUGCUGACAGAUGUCUCGGGUUGUUCGGCCUUCUAGUCCCCGCCCAUUCCAACUUCUUACUCUGCUGCACGAACUCUCCUUCUAGUGCAGCUAAAAACUGGAUUCAGGAAUCUGGUCGAGCAUUAGUAGUACUACCAUUGCUCAUCACUCGUACUUUUAUUGCCGACGAAGCGACCCAGAAUGGAACGUUUUCCCAGCUGAGCGGAAGUCGAUAUUCCUGUUGUGUGAUUAACGGCUACAGUGACAAUGGUGAUGGAAGUGAACGCUGGUCUAGAUAGUUCGCGACGGGUAGAAAAAGUUCAUGGUUAACCUGGCGCUAGCAUAUAAAUAAAACUUUUUGGAUUGGUGUGUGUGUGUGCAACUCCCUUCAGUGCCAAUAACGGGGAAACCGUGCGGGUAAAUGCGGCUGAGAUUAAAUUUUUUUGGUUUUUUUAUUAAAAACGAUUCGAUUUCACGUAAUUUAGCUGAAGUACCAUGUACAAUGUGAGGAUCCUGAAUGGGGUGUGUAGGCGGCUACUAAGCCGCAGGAAUGACGUCGUUGGGGCGCUUUCUGGAGAGAAGAUUUGCCGUUUAAGUUUGGACGCAGAACCCCAGUAAUUGUACACUCAUUGUAUUUUAUGCCAAAGAACAGACCUUGAUGACCCAUAAGAUCUUUAAAGAACAGAUUUGCAUGAAAAUCGUGCAAGACCUGAAAACAGAGGGUGUGUGUGUGGGCAAGUGAGAAAUGUCAUGGAGAGCGCAGAAAAGUGGACGAUUCGGCAGAUGGAUGUCGCCUUCAACUCCUUCACUUCUUUAUCAUCCCUUCUUCAGCAAUGAGAGUCAGCAAGAUUUUGCGAUAGUCUCCAGAUGUGUCAUCCUGUAGAAAACGGGAAAAAUGAAAUUGGUCUGAAUUUUUUGCAAAAAUUAAUUUUCUAAACAGAUUAGUAUAUUCUGAAGAGUAUUUGGCGAGCUUACGCGUGCUUUCGAUAAAGUCUCAUCGGGCCUGUACAUUUAUAUGGGAAAGAGGUACAAACUAAACGUGUGAAUAAUAAGUGCAAUUGAUUAUGGUUCGUCCUUUCAUACAAACGGGGUUCCCCGAGUGGUCAUCAAGCUUGAGUAAAUGCACAAAACCAGUCAAUGUCUCAAAUCUGCCCAAAGAUCAAUACUUCUCCGGCGUUCCUCUCAGUAAGCGUCCGCUGCAUAUGCUGUUGUGCACCGAUCGGUUCCCGUCUCUUCCAUUUUUCCCCGAGAUCUUUGCACAUGGGGUCUAACUCAAUAUGUCGAUUCGUGCAUGACUCAUCUGAGUGCAGGAACUUCUCGGCCCUUUUUGAUAGAGCAGACGCCGACGAUGCAAGUCUUGUCCCAUACAAAAUUAUGCCUAACACCUAUAGGCCUGUAGUAGUCUACUUCUUGUCGCUCGGGUGACUAUUUACCCAUGUCGUCUUUUGGACGCCUAACUCGCCCAAUCGAUGCAUGGCUGUGCCCCGACAAGGUUCAUUCGCCCCCCCCCCGUCCCGGUGCAGCGACAACUUAACACCUAUGGGUAUUUUGCCCUUCUCUGAUUGGCUACAAACAGGCAUGGCUCAGACACACGCAUGGCUGCCACUGGCCUUUGGGCUGUUCAUAUGCUCCCUACCAGAGUAACCUAUGCAGGAGUAUUGACAGGGACGUGAUUAUUUUUGGCUGAUUUGUCGUGGUCAGUCAGCAUUUCCUAAUGCCUAUGUUUGGAGCACCUUGGACUCGGGCCCGAGAUCUUUGGUUAUUGGGUCGAUUGCUCCAUCAUCGAACCACGGGUCUGGUGUCCUGGCGACUGUGAUUGGGAAUAUUAACUACCGCAGGAAGGGCGUCAGCCAAUCGGGUUACGAGUCAUGCUCGUCACGCUGGGCCCUAGCAUGCAAUCGCAUAGCGACGAGUGGCAUAUGAAGGAAGGACAUGUCCAGUAACGCGAACAGUGACCGCACUUCCCACAGUAAUUCAUAUGAUUGAUCACAACCGCCAGAACAACAGGCCUGUGGCUGAAUUAUUGAGCUUGGCACCGCAUAACGCUCAGCGGCCAAAGGGCCUUAUCAUGAAUCCCAGGUUAUCCAGACCUGGGGUUGAGUGUGUCUGUCUGAUGACGGUCAAUAGGCCAGAAAUGAGCAUUAAAAUCUCUCUUAUCCCUGCAGACACUCCCUCUCUGCAUAUACUACCCGUCGCGCAUGAUCGCUCGCGAGGAUUCCAGAUUGAGUCCGAAGGCGCCGCCGCACGAGUAUGUCCCGUAAGCCUACAGCUGAAUACUCUUCCCGGGGGAGGGGGGGGGGGUGAAGCGUGUCGUGUCAGUUCUCUCUUCCCGAUAUUUGAUUCGGGAAACUUCUCAUCGUUGUCAACCAUACAUCCAUUGGUACAGGAACUGUCGGUUGUGACCGGUGAGCAUUACUUCCACGUGCUUCUCAAAUCAGUAUGUUAGUCUUUUGUUUCGGUUUAACAACUUUUCCAGCCUUUAUUUUGAAAUGUGUCACAAUGACUUAUUUUUUAACUCAUUUCUACCAGCCGUCCAACACCGAAAACAACCUGUGGUUGUCAUGUUAAUUCCGAUUGAGGUUCGGCCUAAAAAUACCCAAAUUUCGGAUACAUUAUGUGCAUGGCCUUUCGUGGGGAACCCAAAGUGAUCGACGAUUUACCUAAAGAGGAGGUAAAAGAGGCCUAAAGGAAGAACAAACAUCUUCCCUGAGUUCUGCAACGAAAGGCCUAGAACAUGCAUGGCGGGCGCAAUAAGAAGGGGAUGAAAUGCCUGACUAGCUCCUACGUCUGAUCCCUUCUCUCAUCAUUCUGGAUCCAUCCUGCCAGUGAUACGCAGUAAGACAGGUAGGUUCUCUCACACCAUGAUCCUCGUCGUUAGUCACGCUACCUUGAAGGCUGUGGAUUUAAAGGUUAUCAAUCAAUCAGUACAACAUGGCCGCCGGAACGGUAAGUCAGGUUUCGAUGGCUCCUUCCUAGCUCAACCAUAAUAGCAAAUUUUACCUUGCAUGAUGAUCGGGGGGGGGGGUGGGAUCUCGUUCAUUUUUACCUAGGACUCAGCAGGUGUGUGGCAAGCGGGGGGUGGGGGUGGGAAUGUUCAGUCAGUCACUGUGCCCAAGCUUCCCUGCAGUCGACGGAUUCAGAGGACUCUGUGCAUACAGUAUUAAGUGACGCGAGGACAUUCCUCGAGGAUUGCUGUCAAAUAUUUGUCUAAAUCUGUUUUUUGCAGCACAAAGCAUUUUGGCAUAGUGAGAAUGUGUUCGACUUCCUAUCCGACUUGUAAAGACAGUCUUUGGAGCAUUUGAACAAUAGUGGUGUGUUUUUAAUGAGUUAAAACAUGGGAGCAGUCAAUUCGGGGUGAAGAAAAACCAGAACGGUUAUAAAUUUUCAAAAUGCAAUGAGGUUGACGUCAAAUUUUGGAAGCCCUCCAAGCCUGUUGUUGAGUGCCAAUUGGAGCAGUUUUAGAAGAAGCAAGGACACCAUAUGGAUUUUGCCAGAACACAUUGACAAGGGGAUUGCGUAUACGAGCGCGAAACGACAGCAGUGGGUGGGAAUCACGCUGUAUCUGCCAAGGGGGACAAAUUACACACGAAAACCUUAGAAUGCACGACCACAUAGGGUGUAAGGCAAAUGCAGCGCAUUCGGUUCCGCGGGAUCGCAAAAAAAACUACAAAGAAGAAAUCGAAGAAGAGGAGGAUGUUGACCAUCUUCUAAACUUUACGUGGAAUGCUUUUCCAAAAAAGGUAAGCCAAUAAUUCUAACUGGGAGUACCGAGGCGACUGCUGAAGACAAAGGUGAUGAGGUGAUCUGGAAGUUUAGGGGAUGAUUUUUGGGUGGUUUGUCUCUCGUCGGGGCUCAUUAUCCCUUUCCUGUUGAACCAUGGUCGCCAUAUUGUGCUAACAAAUGUACGUACAAACCAGCACGACAUGUCGUCCAU